AUGCGUGCGAAGCGCAAGCACUCAUCAAGCAGGAGUCAAGAUCUCCAGCUUGUUCCUCAGGCCCAACCGGCCUCCGUGGCCAAGAAGGCUCGAUAUCAGGCGGAGGAAAACGAAACUUUGGCGGAAGCGGACACGGAGCCUCCUACGGCAGCUCAGCAUGAGUGCGGAGUCGCUCAAGCUGCAGAUGGUCGGUGGGAGGUUCGACUGACUGACCUGCCGAAUGGUACAAGUGCGAAAAGCCUCCGUGCUUUCCUUGGUGAUGAGGUGGAGCUGUCGUCAGUACGGCUUGAUGCGCAAGCAGGCCAAGCGGUCAUAACGAUGACGACGCGGCCAGGCGCGGAAUCCUGUCUGAAACGCUGGGAAGGGUUUGCAGCCGCCGUGGGUUCCGCGCCAAAACGACGCCGAGAGGCUCCCAGAAGGCAAAGUGCGUGGAAGCAGACAGCAGAGCCUUGGAGCCGUGCCGGCUCCGACUCCAUCAAAGGAGUCCAGGUGGAGCCCAUGGAGUCCAGGGGAUUCUCUGAAUCUGAGGAGGAAGCAGGCCAAGGAGGGGAGAUGCCCGCAACGAAGCCUGCGAAGCAGCGCAGUCCUGACGCGCUCCAGCAGUUGAUCAGGAAGAUCGCUGACUUUGCAUCCCGCCGACGUCUACAUGAUGCAGUCAGGACCUUCGGCGAGAUCGAGAAACGGGGGCUUCAGCCGAGUGUCCAAGCCUAUGCCAGCUUGAUCAACGCGUAUGUCAACAGUGGUGACAUGGUUGGCGCUGAUUCGGCGUUCACUCAGAUGCUUGCGGCUGGACUUCGUUCCAACGUAGUGGUCUGCACAGCGUUGCUGAAGGGUUACUGCCGAUGUGGCGAUGUUCAGGGUGCAAACUCUGUCCUGGAGAAGCUGUUGAAUCAAGAGCCUCCCGUCAAGCCCGACUUGCGGCUCGUCAAUACACUGCUUCGUGGCUGUGUCAGGGCUGGAAACCUCGCCGUCGCUGAGUCUGUUUUUCAUCGACUGCAGCAGUGGGAGCUGAAGCCAGACGCUUCGACUUGUUGCUUCAUGGGGUCGCUGCUGGGCCAGGGGUUGCAGGUCAAGAAGAUUGCCGCACUCCUGAGCCGGCCGCCCCUGGCAGCAGCCCCUCCGGAAGUCGAAGGAUCAGAAGGAGUGCCGUCUGAAACGCAAGAAGCUUGCAGGUUUUGGCUGAAAGGGAAGUGCAAGAAAGGAGCUGCGUGUCCUUUCUUCCAUGAUCCGGCUAUUGAACUUGCCAAGAGAGCAGCAAGUGAGCCAGAAAGACUUGCUGCAGUUGCCUGCGUUGGCUUGGAUCAUGCGCGUGCAGCAGCUUUGCUUCGUCGUCCGCUUGCUUGCAAGCGUGCUUUGCGAGCAGUGGAACAUGCUCUUGGAGCUGCCAAGGACGCACCACGGGUGCGUGGCUCAUCCAAGGAACGCCAAGACAGCAAUCGGCGCGACCAGGAGUUGGAGAUCGAGCUCAUCAGGCGCUUUGCAGAUAACUCUCUGGCGUCCACCGGCAAGAAAGGACAUGGCUUCAACUUCGUUGACUUCCUUGGCCGCUGCUUUCUGAUCCCAGCAGAUGCGUCGACUGCAACGGCCAGUGCUUUUGUGCAAGAGCUGGCCCGAAGCUGGGGUUUGAAGAAGUUCCGCCCGGCGGCCCGCAGAGGCUUGCAGCAAAGGCUCCAGCAAUGUCUCGACGGAGCUCAUCUUAGAUGGACUCACGUGUUUGACUGUUCCGCAGAGAGCCUGGGCCCGGUCCACCUGGAGCUGGGUGCUGGUGGUGGUGAGUGGGUUGCUGCGCAGGCUGCCCACGACAGCCACGUUAAAUGGGUCGCCCUGGAGAUCAUGCGCGAUCGAGCGCACAGCAUUCUGGAGAAAGCCGCAUUCCAGGACCUUCGCAACAUUUGCAUCAUUUGCGGUGAAGCUGCCCGGACGUUGGAGUCACUUGUUCCAAGCAACUCCGUCUCCCACAUCUUCAUCAAUUUCCCUGAGCCGCCUUUCGUGUCCGGCGACGAGGCGGCAGAGUCGAGCUUUCACAUGAUGACAGAUGAGCUGUUCAUAGAGAUGCAUCGCAUCCUGCAGAGUGGAUGCCGCAUCACCAUCCUUUCAGACAACGCAAGGUAUAUGCGGACGCUUGCAAAGACAGUUGCCGGCCUCUCUUCGGCUGGGAAGGCCCACUUCACCUCCGCCACUCCGAAGAUUCUGUGGGGAAGCGGUGAAUGUCCGGAACAUGAGACUGUUCAUGGAGUGGAGCUGUACCAGGGUUGGCCGACAGCUGUGUGUGGCCAUGCGGCGCGUGACUCAGGUACAACGCUCCGCUAUGCUUUGGUGAGACGCUUGCCUUUCCCAAGGAACAGCUCGCACCUUGUGGUAACUCCAUCCAAAGACACGUGGAAGUUUCAAGGCGCGUCUGCUUAUUUCAGGUUGGUCAAGAAGGCCGAGCAGAAGAUGAAAGGAGGUGGCGGUCUCUGGGGCUAUCUCUCCGGUGGGCCCAAGUAUGAUGAGGCUAUCGAGAUCUAUCAGCAAGCAGCUAACCAGUACAAGAUGGCCAAGAUGUGGCAGGAGGCUGGGAGCUGCUUCGUGCAGUGCGCCUUCUGCGCAGAGAAGUCGGGCUCGCAAUCCGAUCAGGCCAACUACCUCUCCGAAGCUGGAAAUGUGCUGAAAAAGGUUUCCACACAACUUGCCGUCGAACAACUGGAGCAGGCUGUCAGCAUAUACAGCGCGGGCGGCCGAUUCCAGCAGGCUGGCAAGCUGCUUUUGUCCGUUGCCGAGCUCUAUGAGGCGGAGCGCUUGCAGCACAAGGAGUGUAAGGCUUUUUACAAACGGGCCGCUGAAAUGUUUGAGCUUGCGGACCACUCCGAGUCGAACUUCUCGAAGUGCAACCUCAAGUAUGCCGAGUUUGCCGCUAAGGACGGCGAGCUGGAGGAAGCCAUCCGAAUAUUCGAAGCUGAGGGUGAGAAGGCUCUCGGGAAAACGCUGCUUCAGUUCGGAGCCAAGGAGCACUUCCUGAACGCUGGCAUUCUUCACCUCGUAGGUGGUGACAGCGUGACCGUCAACUUGGCCCUGGACAAGUACAGGUCUCUGGAUCCUCGUUUCGCUAGCUCCAGAGAAGGAGAGCUGCUGGGCAAUCUUGCUCAGGCCUUUGAGGAUGGUGACGUGGAUGCCUUUGUCGAGAAGCUCGGUGACUUUGAUGCAAUCAAGCCGCUGGACGCUUGGAAGACGGAGUUCCUGGUGAAGGUGAAGGAGCAUCUGCAGCCUGCCAAUGCACAUGCCACGGAGGCGGUGGACCUCUCCUGA